AACGUAUUUCUCCAACAUUAUCCAACUCCGAGGGAUUCAUAACAUGUUUUCUUUGUUUUGCAUUUGGACACAGAUUGGUGUUAGAGGUAAAAGUAUUUACCAGACAACUCGUUUAUAUCAAAUCAAACUGACAGGUGCUCUUUGAGUGCUAAAACUAAAAGUUUUAAAAGAAUUGGCCAAAUCAUGGGAUAGUCUUGAAAUCUAUCAUGUUUACAAAUGGAAUGCAUGCGGAUAAAGAAAACGAAAUUACAACAAAAAGCCACAUAAUGCUCAUUUUUAGCUUGAAAACUCUUUCCAAUUAAAGUUAGUCAGAUAUAAAUGAACACACUGGCGCUCUCUCUAUCUCAUACACACAUAGUGCACGCGAGGGUUUUUACUCAGUGUUAAUCUUUCGCUGUUAAACCCUAAAUGCCAUUAAAGCCCCUCUUUCAACAUGACAUCAGCGCUGGACAACAGUUGCAGGAAAACAGAUCUGCUGAUGAAUUGCCAGAGCUAGUGGGAAAAUGAGAGGAGUGAAGCAUGAACAGGGCGAUGGGCGUUGAUUUAUCGCAUAAGCCCUCGGUCAUUUCCAUAUAUUAAAAUGCGCCCAAGGGGCCAGUCAUUCCGUUUUUGAGCCACUACCCCUGUCUUGCUCUUUUCCCUCUUCUGACCCAUGCACCAAUAUUCAUUUGGUAGUCUUAAAUAGUGAAACCUUAGCCAUGAAGGUCGCAUUUUUAAUAAAGUGAUCUAGCAGCAAUAGUCAUGGUAUUAUGUAGGUUUGGCAAUCUGGUUUUUGUGUCAUCCACAGGGCCUGGUGCAUUGAGCUGAGACGUUAUUUUAAGCAUGAAUCUGUCAUCGCACUUUCCUCUCACUCUCAUUUCCAGUCGCUUCCUCUGACACUCUCUCACACAAAAGCGCCUUUUCUGUACGAGCGAGCGCGCCUGACCGUGCAUUGAAGAGAUGGAUAUUGCAAUGCAUUUAACGUCUGGCUGAUUUAUGAUGGGAUCAGUCGCAUUGUCAUUUACAUAUUGAGAUUCUGUUUGUACGCGGCGCUUUGUUGCUGCCUGAUAGCUCCCAUUCUUGAAGGAGGUGUAAACGCUCCGUUUGCGCUGAUCAAUGCCCGCCUGGAGCAGGGACAGACUUUCAGUAAAGUAAAAAUAUGGGGGAAAAAGGCGGUCCAUCAGCCAAUGGCCUGAGUGGGCACGUGCCAUGGUUAGUGUUACUGAAAUGCAUGAACAUCCCCAAAUUUGUACAGCAUCGAAAGCCUAUAGAGAACGAUCGUUCAGUCGAAAGCAAACGCUGGUUACACACGUCGCAUCCUAACCACAUUAAUAUUAGAUAUUCACGCGUACUGAAAUAUUCCUUUUGAUUUUGUAGAGAUGGUUUCAUGCAAACUUAAAGUUUUUACAAUAGCCUGCAAUCAACGGUUUCCGACUACAUUAAUCCUAACAAAUAAAUAAGUUUUUUUUAAACACGCAAGGUUAAACAAUGCAGUCUUUCUGUGGGAUGUAAGGACUGCAGAGCACAAUCCCUCUUGAGAGGUCCUAAAGGAUUCCGUGGUGUAUUUCUGUCAAUCACGCUUCACGAUCGCAGAAACAGGCGCUUACAUAUAAAAGUCAUAAUUAGAGCCUUGAUUCUGUAUAUAAUAAUCUUCUAUGCUUACUUUUUAUUAUCCAGAAACCAAUUUAUGCUGGUGUUUUAAAGAGCCUAGAAAUCAAAGCAGUUAUCUGAAUUAACUUAUGAAAUACAAAUAAUCAUAUAGCCAAAACAAGAACCCUUUAUGUUUCUUUGAAUACCAUUCUUUGCUUAAAAGCACCUUAUUAUUAUUAUAAAAGUUUUUUUAAAGAAUAAUACAAUUUACGCGCUGUACUCUUAAAAGUGCUUUAAAUGCGUCUUGCUCCCUUUGUGCAUGCUGGAGAAUAGUGCGCUGCACUGACACGAAAUCAAAGGCUUUAUAUAGAAAAUUCAGAUCGAUACGGUGCUUUAAAUCAUAUGCACUUGUUGAGAACAAUGACCUAAAAAGCAUCGGCAGUGUUGUACAGUCGAGCGAAUCCAUUGCCAGUCCCAGAUAGCCCGCGCGCAGAGUUGACCUUUUUACCCAGGGCAAAUCUGACUCAACUUUCGCGUAAAGGUCUGACACCUCGCGCCGAGAGAGAGGGAGAGAAAAAAAAAAAAAAACACACACGCACCAGCUCAGCGAUCAGUCUUGGUCCAGAGACAAAGAUGUCAGCGUAUAAGCCUGCAAAGCAGUUUCACUCACUCUCUCGCUCGCUCGCUUGCUCACGGGUCACGUAUUAUCUCCAGCAUUCGCCUUCAAUUCCGAUCGGUUCCCUAUUGAAUUGUGCAUUUUUCCCCGCUGACUGUCACUUGUUCACGCAGCCUCUGCUUUAAAUCUCUGGAGCAGUCGCUAUAGUCUGGUCGUACUUCUACUAGUUCGCAGGGGUGUCUCUCUCUUCCUCCCACCUCGUGGAUUGAACUAGCUUGUCAUCGCGUUCGGUUAUACGCUUCAUGUCUCUUUAAUUUCGAAUGGAUCGGCGCUGUUUACAGCAUCUUUAUAUUUCUAAAUCCACGCGGCGGCGGUUUAUUGACACCCCCCUCCUCCCCUCCAGUCGCCAUUCUCUAUAAUCUGCACACAUCUGAAAGUUAUUACCCCGUCCCCUUUCUUUCUAGUGGGCUGCUCCCACAAUCUAUUCGUCAGUGUUUUGUUAUAUUUUUACAAUUACACUCUUGUAGUAUUUAAGUCCCACCUACAUAGCGAGCGAGUGUCCUAUGCCGCUCUCUAUGUGAUGUCCCUUAAGUUUCUGUCUGUUCUGGAGGAAUGUGGCAGCGCGCGCGGCGGUUGAACCCACAUGCCCCGGCUCGGAACCUGUCUGUCCUGUUCGCGCAACCCGAUCGUGUGUCUCGCCGAGAAGCAGCUUGCGCGCUACUUCUGACUGACUGACUGUUUGACCAGGAGUUGAGUGACUGUGUUUGAAGCACCAUCAGUGUCCACUACGAAACCUUAUAUGCGAGGUUCCUCUCCCCUUCUCUUUGUAUAUAUAGCAUGUCCGGCCCCCUUGAAUCUCCUGUCCAUUGGCUUUUCGUGCUCUGUUUUCCUGCGUCCACCCCCAGCCCGCGCGCACGCACGCACACACACACACACUAGCCGCAGCGCACAUUGCUUUCAUUAAACAUAUCCCCCCCUCUCUCUCUUCUUGUGCACGAGUGUCUCUCGCUCUCUCUCUCUCUCGCCUCUUGUCCGGCCCCCUGAUCUUUCUGUCCAUUGGCUUCUUCGGGUCUAUUUUUCAUGUCCAGCCCCUAAUGAGUGUCCAUUGGUUUUGUUAUUUCCACUCCCUCCUCCCACUCCACGGCUUUGCCCUGCCCAUGUUCUGUAUGUCUAUGUCCAUCCAUCUCCUGACGUUCAAGUUCGCAGGGACGUCACGUCCGCACUUGAACUUGCAGCUCAGGGGGGCUUUUGCCAUUUUUUCAUCUCUCUCUCUCUCUUUUCAAAAAAGCCAUGACGGCUAUCCCACAAUCCAUCUUCCCUGCGCCAUCUUUGUAUUAUUUCUAAUUUAUUUUGGAUGUCAAAGGCAUUGAUGAAGAUAUUUUCUCUGGAGUCUCCCUUCUAACCCGGCUCUCCCGAUGUGAACCGAGCUGAAAGCCACCACCAACCACCAUGUCUCGCCGCAAGCAAGGCAAACCCCAGCACUUAAGCAAACGGGAUUUUUCGCCCGAGCCCCUGUCUGCCGUGGUCUCGGAGGAGAGGCAGGAACAGCGCGGGCUGGUACAGGUAGCUCCAGAGGGAGACCAGGACCUGCUCACCUGUGGCCAGUGUCAGAUGAACUUCCCUUUGGGAGACAUCCUUAUUUUCAUUGAGCACAAAAGGAAGCAGUGCAAUGGCACUUUGUGCAUGGACAAAGCAGUGGAUAAGCCCCCCUCGCCCUCGCACGGUGAGCUGAGGAGAGCCUCCAAACCCGUGGAGGUGGGCGUCCAGGUCACGCCGGAGGACGAUGACUGCUUAUCGACGUCUUCUCGAGGAAUCUGUCCCAAACAGGAAAACAUUACAGGUAAAGAUGAGCCCAGCAGCUACACGUGCACAACCUGUAAGCAGCCAUUCAGCAGUGCCUGGUUUCUGCUGCAACAUGCCCAGAAUACUCAUGGCUUUCGCAUCUACCUUGAGAGUGAGCGCGGAAGUCCGCUCACGACCCGUGUGGGAGCUCCUUCGGGAAUGGGUGCAGAUUGCUCCUCUCAGCCCCCCUUGCAUGGCAUCCAUCUCCCAGAGGGAAGCCCAUUCCACCUGCUGCGGAUACCCAACUCUGGACGUGAUGGACCUCCUCUCCGAGAGGGUCGGUUUCCCCCUACGCCACCUCUCUUUAGUCCUCCACCUCGCCAUCACUUGGACCCUCAUCGUAUGGAGCACCUGAGCCCGGAGGAGCUGGCUUUGGCCACCCACCACCCGAGUGCCUUCGACAGGGUGCUGCGCCUCAACACCAUACCUAUGGAUCCCCCAGCUAUGGACUUCUCUCGUAGGUUGAGGGAGCUGGCUGGUAACACCUCAGGGUCAACUCCUCCUCUCUCACCCAACAGGCCCAGCCCUAUGCAACGGCUACUACAACCAUUCCAGUCAGGAACCAAGCCUCCCUUUCUCUCCACUCCUCCCCUGCCUUCCAUGCAGUCCCCCUCUGGCUCCCAGUCCACCCCGACCCCUCUUACGCAGCAGUCUAACACGCCAAUGAAGAGCAAGUCUUGUGAGUUCUGUGGGAAGACCUUCAAGUUUCAGAGUAAUUUAAUCGUGCAUCGACGUAGUCACACAGGUGAGAAACCUUACAAGUGCCACUUGUGUGACCAUGCCUGUACGCAGGCCAGCAAGCUAAAGAGGCACAUGAAGACACACAUGAACAAGUCAUCACCCAUGACUGUCAAGUCAGACGAUGGCUUGUCCACAGCCAGCUCCCCUGAGCCGGGAACCAGCGACUUGGUGGGUAGCGCCAGUAAUGCCCUCAAGUCCGUGGUAGCCAAAUUCAAAAGUGAAAACGACCGCCUGAUUCCAGAAAAUGGAGAGGAAGAAGAGGAAGAGGAGGAGGAGGAGGAGGAGGAAGAAGAGGAGGAAGAGGAAGAGGAGGAAGGAGAGGAGGAGGAGCUGGAGAGAGAGGGAGGUAGAAACAACUACCACUUCAGCCUCAACCUCGAGGCUGCACGGCACCAUGAGAACAAUGGCGGACGUCUGGGUGCGGGCGAGGACGGGAUCCCGCGCUCGCUGCCUGAGGUUAUGCAGGGCAUGGGCUUGGCUGCCAGCAUGCAGCACUACAGUGAGGCAUUUCAUCAACACAAACGAGGAGCCCUAAACUCUAACAAUGAUGCACAUAGGGGCAUGUGUGAUGAGGACUCGGCUCUGGAAUCAGACAGAGUGGAUGAGGGCUGUGGCUCAGCUAUCAAUGGUCGAGGUUCAUCCCCCAGUGAAUCUGCCUCUGUUGGUUUGUCCAAGAAACUCCUACUGGGCAGUCCUAGCUCACUUAGUCCUUUCUCCAAACGAAUCAAGCUGGAGAAGGACUUUGACCUCUCCACCCCUACAAUCCCCAACACUGAGAAUGUCUAUUCCCAGUGGUUGGCUGGCUAUGCUGCUUCCCGGCAGCUGAAGGACCCCUUUCUGAACUUCGGGGAUUCCAGACAAUCGCCUUUCGCCUCAUCUUCAGAGCACUCCUCAGAGAAUGGAAGCCUGCGGUUCUCUACGCCACCAGGGGACCUAGAUGGCGGCGUCUCGGGCCGCAGCGGGACGGGCAGUGGCGGCAGCACGCCACACCUAGGGGGUCCUGGUCGGCCCAGCUCAAAAGAUGGCAGACGCAGUGACACCUGCGAGUUCUGUGGCAAAAUAUUCAAAAACUGCAGCAAUCUGACAGUGCACCGGCGCAGCCACACGGGUGAACGGCCUUAUAAGUGUGAGCUCUGCAACUAUGCCUGCGCUCAGAGCAGCAAGCUAACAAGGCACAUGAAAACGCACGGGCAAGUGGGCAAGGACGUUUACAAAUGUGAAAUCUGUCAGAUGCCUUUUAGUGUGUACAGUACCCUUGAGAAACACAUGAAAAAAUGGCACAGUGACCGCGCAUUGAACAACGAAAUUAAAACUGAGUAGCGGUGGAUUGUGGUGGCUCACUUGCCUGUUAACAGCGAACAACACCUUACCCCACUCCCACCCUCAUCCUUGUAGAUUUCCCUGAUUCGCUAGUCCAGUGGCGGCUAAGACAACGUGCUUGGCACCACCAGCACACCCUUUUCAUUUACCGUUGAAUGCAUGAUCUGUAUCGGGGCAAUACUAUUGCAUUGACGCAAACUUGGAGCCUUUCUCUUGUGCAAUAAUUUACAUGUUGUAUACUUUUUCUUUUUUCUUUCCCAUUUUGGAAAAUUUGACAGCAUGCAUGAUAUAUUUGGGCUAAUUUAAAAAAAAUAAAUUGUCCCUGGUUGGUUAGUUGUUUAGUAAAUGUGUUGCUGUUUUAUUGUUCAUUAUUUUACAAAUGUUUUUUCCUUUCUUUUAAAUUUUUUUUUUUUUGAGAUCAAAGAAAAAGAAAAGAAAAAAGAACCAUGCUGCAUACAUUCUGUAAUACAUAUCAUGUACAGUUUUGUGUUGUAACAUGGAGGACUACAGGCUAUCGCUUAACCCUGUUUGGAUGGGCUGGAAGUCGCACUUAAACUAAUCUUUUAAAAAGAUGUUCUGUCCUCAUAGGGUUAAAAUACUAAUUGGCCCAUAUUAUGGAAUAAAAAUAAUUACAGCCUUUGGAUUUCUUAAAAAGGAAACAGCAUUAAGAUUGGAAUUUGUACUAUCAUUUGGUAAAACAAACAAAAAGAGUGCCUUGGAUAUCUUGAAAUUGCAUUGGUUAAUCUCAUCUGCUGUAAUUCUGGAGUCUCAUCUAGAUACUACAUAAGGAUCGAUCGGAUCCUCAGAAGGUUCUUGCAUCAAGUACCUUACCGCUAUAGUCAUCUGUGACUUUAGAGAGAAAUAGUAAUAAUCAAAAAUCUAAGGAAAUUUCUAGUUAAUCACCAUAAGGUACCUAUGUAAAACGUAUCCUUCCAUUGUGGUUUAUGUCCUGGGCAUGGCACAUGCAUUAUAUGGUGUGGGAUUCAGCCUUGUUUACUUCUUCUAUCUGAAGGUACUGUACUUGGCGGUACUAGUUUUAAGUCCACAAUCAUUUGACUUUUCUGUGUUUGUUCAAGUCUUCUCUUCAGUAGCACAACAUUUUGAUGUUUCUUUGAUGACCAUUGUUAGUGUGAACGUCCAUUGCGCAAGAAACACCUGAGGGCAUUUGGAGCAAACUAAUGUAAUAUACACUAGAGAAUUGGUUAAGAAAGCAUUGAAAUAUUUGCAGCUGUCAGUGAUGAUUAACUAUGAAUUGCCUACAGGUCUGAGUCAAAAUCUUAUUUCUUUAUUGCCUAUGUCUGAGCUCCCUAAAAGAAUAAAUGAACCUGAAAGACCGACCGAGCGAGAGCGAGACGCAGAGAGAGGGAAAACCAUACAUGUCACUUUUGUUACUUUGUUUUAUAUGAGUUUCACACAUGGUGUGGUAUAAGUUAAUUCAAGGAGAUUCUUUUUCAUCGUUGCAUUAUGACAUAAAUGACUCCAGACAACGGCUUUUGGUGCUUAGACAGCACCUUCCACUCUGCCCUUAUUUUUUUGGUAUUAGACAUGCUAAUUGGAAGUAUAGUAGUUGAAUAUAAAUUAAGAUUGCUUGCUUGUUGGACAACGAAGUGCACUGUUAAAGUUUCCCAGUUUACACAUAUUCACGAGAGGGAAAACUUCCUAAUGAAUCGAACAUGGUGUCAUUGUUUAAUGUAAAAAAGCCAACUCCUCCUCUCACCUCAUAAAGAUAAAGCCCAACUCCGAUAUAAAUAUUAUUGUGUCAAAGCACACAGUGCUUGACAAAGUACGGACAAUUGAAACUUGCUGCUUUCACUGCAAGAACUUUUUUUGUACAAAUCUUUUUUUUAAGUAUGAAAAUAAAAUAACUUUUUUAAAAAGCAAAAUUUCAUUAUCUUAGGGGAAACUGUAUUUAAGUUUGUUGUUUCUCUUUUCCUCUUUGUCUUGGUGGUGUUCAAGACUUGAUCACAAUAUAUAUAAAAUGGGAAAAAUCUGUGAUUUUUUUCCCCCUGCUUUUUCUUUCUUUUUUCAUCUUGGCUCUUCACAGCUCUUCAGGUCAAACUUGCAUUGGGGAAAGGUUUAAGAUUAUAUAUAAAAUAUAUAAUAGAGAAACUUAAAUAUAGGAAAGUGCACAUCAUGUCAGUUCCUAUGCUAAAACACAUUUAUGGUCUACUUUCUUCUGUAUUUCUAGAAUGGUAUUUGAAUUAAAUGUUCACCUAGUGUAGGUACUACAGUAUUUAUAUUGAGGCUUGUAUUUUUAACUGUUGCUUGUUCUCUCAAAAGGUAUUAUUGUACCUUUUUUGGUAGUGGAAAAAAAAACAACAAGCUGCCACGGUAUAUUUUUUUAAUUUGGCAGGAUAAUAUAGUGCGAAUUAUUUGUAUGUUUAAAAAAAGAAAAUGAAAAAAAAAAAAAAAAUCAAAUAAAAAAAUUUAAGUAUGUGGCAUUGUACAAAGGAGGCCAUUCAAUGGUUUCCCCGAGGAGUCUUUUGAGAAUGUCCACACUAGCUAAAACAGGUGGUUGUACAUAUCUUUUUUCUGUUCUUCUUUUUAAAAAUCUCUUUUGCUGCCAUUCUGUAUGCAGUACAGCAAGCUAAUGUUGGGUUGUUCUGUAGUGUGCUUCUGUCUUUUCACCUGUCUCACCUGAAUACAUUCCAGCAUCUUGAAAAAAAAGCUAACUUCAUAUGCAGUAAAAUACCAGUAAAUAAACAAACAAAAAUCAUUCAAAUAAAUGAAUUCAAAUAAUCAA